AUGACUGACGAAAAACUAGGCAAGCCUUCGCUGUUAAGAUAUCUGCGACCCGAUAAGUUUGACAUCGAGCCUGAUGUCGCGGACUCCGAUACAAAAUGGCUACAUUGGAAAUCGACAUUCGAAAGCUUCUUAGCAGAAGAGAUUACCGAAGAUGUACCGGACUCCCUUAAGCGUAAGAUCCUAGUUAACCACUUAUCGGCAUCGAUUUAUAAGCAUAUCAAAACAUGCUCCACUUAUAAAGAUUCGAUGAAAGUUCUAGAAGACAUCUAUGUCAAACCGAAAAAUACUAUUCUAGCUCGACACAUUCUCUUCAAUCGCAAGCAACGAGCCGACGAAACGAUCUCUGACUAUGUUAGAGCUCUCCGACUUUCUGCGAAAGAUUGUAAAUUCGAAGACGUCACAGCCCAAGAGCAUGAAGACCAAGCAGUUCGUAGUGCUCUCAUAUCCGGCUUACUAUCACGAAGGAUUCGCGAGCGGUUACUAGAAAACUCUAAACUCACUCUCUCAGAAGCACUUAAUCAAGCCGUAGCUCUGGAAACGGCAGAGAAGGAUGCAGUUACUAUUGGUAUUAGCUCUUCACAACUUACCGCCAUAUCGCAAGGUAUUUCACGGGUAAAGGAAUCCGAAAAUCUAGUGGCGGCUCUAUCGUCACGAACUUUUCAAGCCGCCCCGAACACGCCACCUCCGGCUAAACCCUGCUUCUUUUGCGGCGGGAGUCUUCAUCCAAGGUUCAGAUGUCCAGCCAACAAAGCCACUUGCAAAAAGUGCUCAAAGAAAGGACACUUCGCAAGCGUCUGUAGAUCGGGCAAUUUUAACUUGAACUCCACGACAGUUGAAGAUCCUACAACCCCUAACAACGACCAAUUCUACAGUGGAGCUAUUUCUGCUGCCUCUCCUUCGAGCCUUAGGAGUGCAACAAUUCCAAUCAUGGUCAACGAAUACAAGGCUGAUGCUCUCGUCGAUACAGGAAGUUCGGUCAGCUUUAUUAAUGGUAAAGUUGCUCGCAUAAUGAAAUUACGCAAAAAACCCUGCCAGCAGACAGUCAAUCUCGCUUCUCUCAAUCAAGUUUCCUUUGUUGAAGGUGUCUGCUUUGCUACUAUUACGAUGAAUAAGCAUACUUAUAAACAAACACCUCUUCUAGUUGUCGACAACCUCUGUGCCGACGUCAUCAUCGGCCAUGACUUGCUCAAACAUCACUCGAGCAUUCAUUUCAAUCUUGGUGGGCCUGGCGAACCUUUAGAGAUAUGCAACGUGUUACAAGCUUCGGUGCCACCAGCCUCCGUAUUUACAAAUCUGUCGCCAAACAUUCGACCGAUCGUGGUGAGAAGCCGGCGCUACAGCAAGGAAGAUGAGGACUUCAUAAAAGAAGAAGUGUCUAAAUUACUUGAAGACGGGGUCGUUGAAACAAGCAUUUCCCCCUGGAGAGCUCAAGUCCUCGUAGCGGGAGGAGGAGUUCAUCGAAAACGACUUGUCAUUGAUUACUCCAUGACAAUAAACAAAUUCACCGAACUGGAUGCCUUCCCCUUGCCAAGCAUAGAAUCAGUCGUGAGCAACGUAUCAAGAUUUAAAGUGUUCAGUCAAAUCGACUUAAAGAGCGCAUAUCAUCAAGUACCCAUCUUAGAAAAUGAAAAGAUAUAUACAGCUUUCGAAGCUUGCGGCAAAUUGUACCAGUUUACACGCAUUCCAUUUGGCGUGACUAAUGGCGUUGCAGCUUUUCAACGAACUCUGGACUUCAUCAUAACAGAAGAGAAAUUAGAAGGAACGUUUGCCUACUUAGAUGAUGUAACCGUCUGCGGCAAAGAUCAAAGGGAUCAUGACCACAAUCUAAAACGCUUUUUGGACGCCGCUAAUAAAUUUCAUUUAACUCUAAACGAACAGAAGAGUGUUUUCAAUAAGACUAAAAUCAACUUGCUUGGAUAUACUGUUGAAAAUAACACAAUCAGUCCUGACCCGGAAAGACUAAAACCUCUUCUAGAGCUUCCCGCUCCAACUAAAACUAGUGAACUAAAACGAGUCCUAGGGAUGCUUGCUCAUUACGCUAAAUGGAUCGCGCGUUUCUCCGAAAAAAUAAAGCCACUUACAUGCGUGACUACUUUCCCGUUGCCACCUGAUGCGCUCAAGUGCUUUGAAGAACUCAAGCAAGAUAUUAAGGCAGUCGCUCUAGUAGCCAUUAACGACAAUGAAAUGUUUACAGUCGAAACAGACGCUUCGGAAUUCGCGCUAGGGGCUACGCUGACGCAACAUGGAAGACCAGUUGCUUUUUUCUCUCGGACAUUGAAUAACUCGGAAUGCAAACAAUCCUCAAUCGAAAAAGAGGCUUGUGCGAUAGUAGAGAGCCUAAAGAAAUGGAGACACUACCUGAUUGGUAGACAUUUUCUUCUUAUAACAGACCAACAAUCGGUAGCCUUCAUGUUCAAUCAAAAUCAUAACAGUAAAAUAAAAAAUGAGAAGAUUCAACGUUGGCGAUUAGAACUGUCUUGCUUCAAAUACGAUAUAGUUUACAGACCAGGCACUGAAAACGCUGCUGCGGACGCUCUAUCUCGCGUAUGCGCCUACAUGAAUAUAAACAAGUUGAAAGAACUACAUAACGCACUCUGCCACCCGGGAGUAACUAGAAUGUAUCACUGGGUAAGAUCUAAAAACUUGCCCUACUCAGCUAAUGAUGUCAAGGAGAUGACCGCUUCGUGCCCUACCUGCGCCGAAAUAAAACCGAGGUUUUUUAAGGUCAAGGGUCAAUUGAUAAAAGCUACGUCGCCGUUUGAACGGAUCAACAUAGAUUUUAAAGGACCACUGCCUUCUGAAACAGCCAACAAGUACAUACUUACGAUUAUUGAUGAGUACAGUCGGUUUCCUUUUGCUUACGCAUGUAAGGAUAUGACCUCAGCCACCGUCAUUACUUGCCUGAAAGAUCUUUUUCUGACAUUUGGCCAACCUCUCUACAUUCAUAGUGAUAGAGGGUCGUCAUUCAUGUCCGAAGAGUUCAAAUCAUUUCUACGGCAGUCAAACAUAGCCUCGUCCAGAACGACGCCCUAUAACCCCCAGGGUAAUGGCCAAGUGGAACGACUUAACGGAACGCUCUGGCGAACUAUUCAACUCAGCCUUCGGUCAAAGGGAUUAUCGGUUGAAAAUUGGGAAGUAGUACUGAAGGACGCAUUGCAUUGUGUCCGCUCUCUCCUAUGUACGGCAACGAACGCUACUCCGCACGAAAAACUUUUCACAUACCCUAGAAGAUCCCCGAACGGAGAUUCACUGCCAUCUUGGCUCACGCCGGGACCGAUCCUCGUUAAGAAGAACAUCCGCUCUUCAAAAACGGACCCUCUUGUCGAGGAAGCCGAGCUUCUAGAGACCAAUCCCUACUACUCUCUCAUAAGACGGGAUAAUGGAGAAACCUCAACGGUAUCAAACCGUCAAUUGGCUCCUUUCCCCAGUUCUACUGAUGAUAGUAGAGAUGAUAACUUUGAAACGGCCUCCGAAGACGAUAGCCUCACGUUUCCAUCUGAAAACAACUCCACACCUCCACCUGAAAAUAUCGCUCCUUCGUCGUCGCCUCGUGUAGAAGAGCCGUCAACGUCCUCGCCAGUUCUUCGGACUGGACUUCCCAGGAAAUCUAAUAGGGCGCGAAAAUUACCCACCUACCUGGCGGACUUUGUGGUUGAUGGGAGUGAGAGUGAAAACUGA